GCGUCUCGUUUCUCAAUUUGAAAAUUGGCAACGAAUCCAAAUUUAAACUCUGAGUCUGAGCUAGCCCGCGCCUUCUCAAACACUCCAAUCUCAGAACCAGUCCUCCACUUCAAGUUGAUUCUAAAACCUAGCCAAUUAGACGAUGACCUCUCCGGUGACCUACGCAAUCGACGACAAAGACCUUGACGACGCCGCUCUCUGGGCCCUCAUCGACUCCGCCGCCGCCGCCGCCUCCAAAUCUCUGGCCAUCAGAAACACAAUUCCCCGCCAAUCUCCCAAACCUAAAUUCAUUUCACCAUUGCCUCAUCCGCAAAUCAAAACCCCGAGGAAUCAUCGCAUUUCCGAUAGCGAGGUCUUGCAAGGCGAUUCUAAUCAUAUCAGGCCUCAGAAAAUCGCGAGAUCGAGUAUCGCAAUGCCUACUUAUAAAUCACCGGAGACUACUAAUUCUCCUUUGGCUACGGAGAAGCACGUGUAUCGAACACCGCCUACUUAUACGUCUCCGGAUGUGACUAAUUCUGCUUUGGCUACGGUGAAGCGUACCUAUCCAACGCCUACUUAUACGACACCGGAUACUAGAACAGUAAAUGUGAAUCAGUUCUCUUCGAUUGGAUCGGAUUGUUCACCGAGGAGUUAUGAUCGUAAGGAGAGUGAAACUGCGAGGCAUAGUUUGGCUGGUCAAUUUCCCACUGUUUCUUUGUUCAAAGAGUACCAAAAUGCUGCUAUGGCUAUUCUGGAGAAAAGUGAUUAUACUAUAAUUUCUGGCAAUCCUUUUAUUAAAAAAGCAGGCUGGAGGAAAAUAUCAUUUUACUUCAAUGUAUCCUAUGAAAUUAAAGAUAAAACCAUUGAAUUUGAUGGGAACCGUGAUGUCCAGCGUGCUGAGUUCGUGGUUCGAGCACACAUGCUCGGUGGGAGAUUUUCUGAUGGUUGGGGUUCAUGUGAAAGGCGGGAAAAGAGAUUUUUAAAGCCUAAUCAUGAUAUUCCCAGCACCGCAGAAACCAGGGCUAAGAAUAAAGCAUGCCAGGACCUGCUAGGCAUUGGAGAGUAUCGACCUGGUUCAAGCAAUCCACAUAAAUAAUGACUUGUUAGGGAUCGGAGAGCAUCAAGAGGUUCAAGCAAUCCACAAAAGUAACUCUAAUGAUGGUUACAAUAGUUCACUGUACUCCAUUAAAACCAAGUGAACUGUUAAAUGACAUUGUUGUAGUUUUGAAUAUAACUCAUACUACCAUGUGAAAACCUAUUUAGCAACCGAAUUACAACGGCAUAUGUAUAGUUCAGAUGACUGUUCAGGUUGCUCUGUGUGCAGACACUUUACCUUGUAGUGCCAGAGCAUUUACAUUUCUUUCUGCUGACCCCAGUUAUAAGUGUUUCUUCUAGAUAAAUGUUAAUUACGUUAUUGACAAGGGUGCCUGUCAAAUUAGGAAAUUUUAAACUGAAAGAUCCUUCAACCAAUAAAACACUGUGACUCGGGACCUGUACUUGAAGCUUGGGUCCAAAUGGUCCACCUUUAGUUGAAGCUAGUACAGACCCACUUGUAGCUGCAGAAGUAGAAUGGGACAAUUAUAUGCUGAUGUUGGCUCUUUGUUGAACCUGCUUUAUGAUUUACAACUGAACAGUGUGUAAAAUGUUUCAAGCAUGAUAUCAGUGACAAGAAAAUCUUCAUGUAUCACUAUCAGUGUUGAUUUUUCAGACUGAUAAGGAAACUUGUGAUCGAUUUCUGGUGAUGGUUGGUGCUGCACUAUGACCUUGUGGACCCGCCUGGCAUGUAGAAUUACUAGCCAUUCUAUUACUGGGUCAGAGGCCGUUGCAUCCUUUUAUCUCGACCCCAUCGCCCCCAGUUUUAUUUUUUAAAUUCACCUUCUGAAUGACUAUUUUCACCGUCUUUAAUAUCCUAUGCUGUGCUUCUGCAAUCACUCAAAUAUAUUAGUAGCAUUCUUUUAACGGGUCCCUGACAUACAUAUGUUUGUAACGGAAAAUUAACUCAUUCUAGAGUUUUUCACGUUCACGUUUUUUUUCCCGUAGGACAUAUACUACUACCAUUCAUCUUCUCGACCAGCUGACUUCUUUAAGUAUAUUGUCAGUGACAUAGUGUUUGUAUUAUGCGCACACACAUAAAAAAAUAGUGCUGCCUCGUUAACAUUGCAACAUAAAAAGAUGAACAAAGAAGCCCUUUUUCAGGGUUAAUUAUGUAAAUAGUAAGCAAUCCCCACCCCCCUUGCUCAUUACUCUUGCACGGUUAUGACUCAUGUGUCCCCUUUACAACACUACUGUAGUUGCAGUACGAUUUUGAGUGAAUGGUAAGAGCUCUCUUUCUCUGUAAAGAGGAAAUGUCUUGAGUUGCAUGUGUUGAAAGGCCAGAGCACAAUAUUCCUGUUCUGUUCAUUUCCCACCAAACUCUAUAAUUGCUUCUUUCUCCUGAAUGCCUGAAUAUAGCAACUCAAACUUUUCUUGAAGACCUGAAUACUUUGUAGAAGAGAGAAAUAAUCAAUGGGAGACGGAUGGCCACUUGGGCUGCAGCCGUUCGUGAGAGUUGGGUUGGUCAUGAACUCUGAUCUGAAUGGUUCAGUUUCCUCCAACACUUUGCUCACUGCCUCCACCUCCGCUGAAUCCUACUCUUCUGAUCUUGAUACAGAGUCCACCAGUUCUUUCUUCCAUGACAAGACCAUCAGCCUCGGGAGCCUCAUCGGUGCCUCAAGCAUCGUGGGGCUAUCCAGGAGAUCAGCCAAGGGAAGAGCAUCUGAAACAUUUAGGGACAAGAAGCAAUACAAACCCAAACCUUGGUUAUUCUCAAUAUGCUCAAAGCUUACCACUGAUGCUGUAACCACGAACAGAACUCCUUCACUUGGACAUUUCCUUGAAGUGGAAAGACGAACUGCCAACAUUUAUAAGAGGAAUCAGAGUCUGAUCACAUAUUGCCCAGGUGACUUCUCCUAUACCUCGUCAAAUCCGUCAUUUCACAGUGGCUAUGUUGAUCCUCCUAAUAGGCCAAGUCCGUGGACGUCUUCAGAUGAUGAAAGAUCAAAUGCAGGCUUAUUUGAGGACAGUGCUAAUGAGUACCGAACACCAUUACUGUUCUCGUGUUUACGUAGAUCUAUGACUCAGUAAUGUCAUGUUUAUCUUCAGAAAACAAGUAAUGUCAUCUCUAGUUAAAAUAAUUUCAAUUCUUUUUCAAAUUUGUAACUGAUACUCUGAUUUUUCAAUUAACAUUCUGAUGGCUUGAGGGUGGAAAUUGUUCCAGCAUGGCAUUUAUCAGUUAAUUUAGACUAUUUUUGUUUUCCUUC